CUUUUAACCUCCAUAAGCAGUAGAUUCGUUAAGGGAAAUCUGGUCACUGGCUGGCACUGCAUUGCAAAUUGCAUGUCGCAUGCAAAACAAACAGAUUUCUUCUAUUUGAAAACCAACUCCAAUGUUUGUUAUUUGCAUCAGAAGCUGGACUGAGUUUUGUGGAUACCGCUUUCUGAGAAUUCUGUAGUAAUUGUGAUAAUUCUGAUAGUAGCAGAAUUAGAUUAUAUUUUUUAACGUUUCAAUGUUGAAAAUGUCGGCAGUCAAGUUAAACAAGCGAAUUGCCGAAGAAACUCAAUUGUUAGCUGAAGAAAAAUGGAUCACUGACGCUUUAUCAAAGAUUAAAAAACAACGGAACUGCUUACAGAUAGAAAGGUUACACUUAGAGAGUAUGAAAUCACAAUUGAAACUUAAAAAAUCUGCACAACAGAACAGUAAUGUGGAAAGUAAUGUUGAGCAACCUUCAACUGAGAGUCCAACAAGAGAGUUUGAGUUUGAAGUUCCGAUCAUCAACGAGGACUGUAACAAUGAGGAGUUGAAUUUAUCUAUGGGUAAUCUUGUAGACACAGUAUAUUAUGAUGUGGAAGUAGAAGAAGAUGAGGAUGAAGAGAUAAAUGGAGAUGAUCUUCUCAUCGAUAUGAACAUGUUCAUGAAUGGAACUCAGUAGAAAAAUAUGUUGAUCUAUUUUGAAACAACUGUUUAUUUGAUAACAUGAGUUCUCAAUGGAAAUAAAAGCAAACCAGUGAUAUCCAACAUAAAAGAUCAAA